UUUCACACAACCAGUCUUCGGCGAACGAACGAAGACACACAGCAACAUGAAGUUUUUGGUUGUAUUGGUCGCUUCGCUGGCCGUGGUGGCCUUUGCCAGCGAGGAGAAAGGCGCACCGAAACAAGCGGCAGCAUCCGAAGAUAAGAAGCAGGAGAAGAGAGGAAUUUAUGACUUUGGUCAUUAUGGAGGCGGUGGUGGCAGCAGCGAGGGAGGUUAUGGAGGACAUGGUUUCGGCGGUGGCGAAAGUGUGAGCUUCGGACACGGCGGUGGUGAAAGCUUCGGUCAUGGAGGUGGCGAGAGCUUCGGACACGGCGGCGGUGACAGCUACGGACAAGGCGGUGGUGACAGCUACGGACAUGGUGGCGGUGACAGCUACGGACAUGGUGGCGGUGACUUCGGUGGCUCCAGCGGUGGCUGGAAACCCAUUGCCUCUGAUGAAGGCCACGGACACCAUCACCACCAACACCACGAACACGUCAAGACCAUCGAAGUCAUCAAGAAGGUCCCUGUCCCAUACACCGUUGAGAAGCACGUCCCCUACACCGUUGAGAAGAAAGUACCUUAUGAAGUCAAAGUACACGUGCCCCAGCCCUACACCAUCGAAAAGAAAGUCCCCGUCACCGUGAAGGAGUACGUCAAAUACCCCGUGUACGUGCCUGAGCCCUACACCGUUGAGAAGAAGGUACCAUAUGAAGUCAAGGUCCCCGUCGACAAGCCCUACGAAGUGAAGGUUAAGGUGCCCACUCCUUACACCGUCGAAAAGAAGGUCCCCUAUGAAGUCAAGGUCCCCGUACCCCAGCCCUACACUGUCGAGAAGAAGGUCCCAGUCCCCGUGAAAUACGAAGUCAAAGUACCCCAACCCUACGAAGUCGUCAAGAAGGUGCCUUAUGAAGUUAAAGUGCCCGUCGACAAGCCCUACAACGUGUACGUGCCCAAACCUUACCCAGUCCCUGUUGAGAAGCCCUACCCCGUCACAGUCCACAAGCCUGUGCCCUAUGAAGUCAAAGUCCCCGUUGACAAGCCUUACAAGGUUGAGGUUGAGAAGCCCUACCCAGUCCACAUCAAGGUCCCAGUGCCCAAACCUUACGACGUGUACAAGAAGAUCCCAUACACCGUUGAGAAGAAGGUGCCUUUCGAAGUGAAGGUCCCCAUUGACAAGCCUUACCCAGUGUACAAGGACGUGCCAUUCCCAUUGGUGAAGGAGGUGCCUUACCCCGUGAAGGUGCAUGUUCCCUUCUACAUCAAAAAGGAGGAGGAGCACCACCACCACGAGCACCACCAGCCCCAGCAACACCACGGUUGGCACUGAGUGACCUUAGGCUAAGUCUCACCUUGUACCUUGUAGGUUAAGUUCAGAAAUGUGAUCAAUUAGUAUUUUUAGUGUAUUGUAUAUUUUUGCUAAAUUUUGUGAAUGUUGGUGCUGUCCGCUCACAGGCCAGUGAUGUGACGGCUAUGUUGCGGUGAAUUGCUGAACGAAUUUUGAGUUCUAACUUAAAUAGUUGAGAAAUAUCGAUCCUUUUGUUGUUACUAUUUUACGAGAAUUGACCAAAAACUGAUUUGAAAUAUGCAAAUAAAAAUAUUCGUAGUUUUGCAGUCGACGAACAAUAGGUUGGCCGCAUAGCGUCACUUUUGACGCGCGGCCUGCAGUUGUAGAUAAUUACCUGUUAUUAUUUUUUUAGCUUUUAUAUGCUUUGUUAUAAUGUAACUUGACAAAGUACCUGUACUUUGAGUUGAGGCUGAUUUAAUAAAAAUGUGUGGAAUGUUCA